GUUUAGUUCCAAGAUGGCAUCUGUUCAAAGCGAAUCGUACUACGGUGGUGUAGAAGGUGGUGGAACAGGCUCAACAGCCAUUAUACUUUCAAGUGAUGGACAAAUUGUUGGCCGCAGCUCAGGACAAGGCACAAAUCAUUGGUUGAUUGGUCUGGAUGAAUGCCUGAACAGAGUAAAUGAGAUGGUAACUGAAGCAAAAAGAUCUGCAGGGAUUGAUGUCAAUAAACCAUUAGCUUCUCUGGGACUAUCUUUAAGUGGAAUGGAAAAAGACGAAAUACAGAAGAAAGCUAUAUCUACAAUGUUUUCAAAAUACCCAGGCUGUAGUGAAAAGUAUCACAUGUGUUGCGACACUGUUGGUGCUAUUGCAACUGCAUCUGAUAAAGGUGGCAUUGUGUUGAUAUCGGGGACUGGCUCUAACUGUCAAAUGUUGACGCCAAAUGGUCAAACAUUCAACUGUGGUGGGUGGGGUCAUAUGAUUGGUGAUGAGGGAUCAGCAUUUUGUAUAUCACACAUGGCCAUCAAAGCAGUGUUUAAUGCUGAAGAUGGGCUGGUACCCCCGCAGCAUGACAUCACUUACGUAAAGAAACUGGUUUUUGAACAUUUCAAGAUAGACAAUUUGUUUGGAAUGUUGGAUCACUUCUAUGCAAAGUUUGACAAGGCGUACUAUUCUGGGCUGUGUAAAGCUGUAGCAGUUGGUGCAUUAGAAGAUAAAGACCCUCUGUGUCAGCAUCUGUUCUUCCUAGCUGGCGAACUUUUAGGUAGACAUGUGAAAGCUGUUAUUCAGCACAUGGAUCAGGAAUGUCAAGAAACUCUUUUAAGAAGUAGCAAGGGGCUUCAAAUAAUUUGUGUUGGUGCUGUCUGGCAAAGCUGGAAUCUUCUUAAAGAUGGCUUUUUAACUGGCAUCAGUUGCUCUCCAAGCAACACCGCUGUCCAAGUGAAACGCUUCUCACUGGUAAAGCUCCGCGAGAGUUCUGCUAUUGGUGCGGCUGCGCUAGGCGCGAAAACCGCUGGCUAUACUCUUCCCAUAGAUUAUGACUCCAUGGUAGAAGAAUUCUUUAGCCACGAAUUUUAAUACUCAGAGGUUCUAAGUAGAUUACUUUUAAAAAUCAAAAUACCAUGAUAGCUAGGGAAUUUAUCACCGAGAUGAAGUGACACUGAUAUAAAGUAGUUAUAUCAGCACUAUUAGAACUAUCAUUUGAGAGCAUCAUCGAUCUAGUGGUUUCUAACUGAAUAGCCAAACAGAAACCUUUGGAAGUAUAUAACCGAUUAUAGCAAACGGAAAGAUCAAUCUGGACUCGUAGGUCUGUGCACGUGAUUAGUGUAAAUCGCGGGAAAAUGUGUGCUGCUGUUUGUGUGGUUUCUGCUGUCAAACAAAAUGUCAGGGAAUGCUUUGAAAGAUUUCCCUGAUUACUGAGUAUGGAAAAGACAUAAUUACAGGUGGUUCCGUCACGUUUUCCUGCGUAUGCCGGUCCAUGUGCCUGUAUUCCUGGCGUCAGCUAAAAGCCAUUCAGGCGAGCUAAACGUGUUGGAUUUUUGCUUCGGAUAAAGCGCAAC